AUGGAUCCUUUAAAAAACAAGUAUACGCCUUUGCAAAGGUUGGUUCAUCAAUGGAAAGCUCGUCGAGAUAUUCCCUUUCGUAAGAAUUUUUUUAUUGGUUACGAUUUACAUGGAAAUACUUAUUGGGAAUUCACAGUUGAUGGUAAUAUGCAAAGACUUCGAAGGAAAUCAGAGCCUUACAAACAUCAUCUUUUCAAAGCAGAUUAUUUUGGUACUAUACCACCUCAAUGGUUGCAGUGGUUAAGAAGAACAAGACAAAAAGCACCAACUUUAGAAGAAUUAACCAAUGAUCAGCUUAGACAACAUAAAAUGAAAAUUUUGGCACAACAAGCAGAUGAGAAAUGGCACUUUGAAAAGGCAAGAUUGGAAGAAGAGCAUAAAAUGAAAUUGGCCGAAGAGUUGGCAAAAGUAGAAAAGGAGAAUCAAGAGUUUCAAAAUAAACAUAAACCUGAACAACAAGAGGACCCAUGGGCAAAGGCAGACGCAGAAUCUAAGUCUGAUUCAAGCCCAAUACAAGCAGCUACAAUCAAUCCUACGGCAAAACGUGCAGAUGAUCAAAAAUAA